CGACACAUGAAGGAGGAAAGUGUCUGGAAAGUGACCUGAAGAGACUUCAGCAGGUGAGGACUCUGCUAUGAGUCAGUGUGAGGACAGAGAGGAGGGAGCCCCUCCCUCUAAAACCACUCUGUGUGGGGACCAUGACAGCCAGACCAAAGCUCAGAGGAUGCAGCAGCAGAAUCCAAACUCUCCUGGACCUAAACUUAAGUUUAAACCUGGACCUGGACCUGAACCUGAACCUGAACCAGGACCUGAACCCAGCUGUGUGUCCAUAAAGAGUGACCGGUCUAUGGGUCGUCCUAUUAACUUUAAAGAUGGACAAGCUGUUGAUGAAUGGAUGCAGGAGCAGAAACCAGGAUCUGGACCCAGCUGUGUGUCCAUGAAGAGUGACCGGUCUAUGGGUCGUCCUAUUAACUUUAAAGAUGGACAAGCUGUUGAUGAAAGUCUGCAGCUAAGACCUGAACCUGAACCUGGAACUGAACCCAGCUGUGUUUCCAUGAAGAGUGACCGGUCUAUGGGUCGUCCUAUUAACUUUAAAGAUGGACAAGCUGCUGAUGAAAGGAUGCAGGAGCAGAAACCAGGACCUGAACCCAGCUGUGUGUCCAUGAAGAGUGACCGGUCUAUGGGUCGUCCUAUUAACUUUAAUGAUGGACCAGCUGUUGAUGAAAGAAUUCAGCAGAAGAUUUCAGAUGGCCUCGGUUGUCAGUCUGCCCAGCUGCAUCAAACAGACCUGGACUCCAUAUUUAUGCUGCUGGAGGAAAACAUUGUCACCUUUGUGAAGAACGAGCUGAAGAAGAUCCAGAAGGUUCUGAAUUCAGAAGAGAGUCCGAAGAAGGCUGAGGAUGUGUUGGACGGUGAGGAUGAAGAGCAGACUAGGAGCAGCAGAGACGCAUUUCUGAAGAUUACACUGCACUUCCUGAGGAGAAUGAAGCAGGAGGAGCUGGCUGACUGUCUGCAGAGCAGAACUCAUGCUGCAGUAUGCCGCCCCAAAUUCAAGUCCAACCUGGAGAAGAAGUUCCAGUGUGUGUUUGAGGGGAUUGCUAAAGCAGGAAACCCAACCCUUCUGAGUAAGAUGUUCACAGAGAUCUACAUCACAGAUGGAGGGACUUUAAAGGUCAAUGAAGAACAUGAGGUCAGACAGAUUGAAAUAGCAUCCAGGAAAACAAACAUACCAGAAACAAUAAUCAGAUGUGAAGACAUCUUUAAAUCCCCACCUGGAAGAGAUGAACCAAUCAGAACUGUGAUGACAAAGGGAGUGGCUGGCAUUGGGAAAACAGUCUUAACACAGAAGUUCACUCUGGACUGGGCUGAAGAUAAAGCCAACCAGGACAUCCAUUUCAUAUUUCCAUUGACUUUCAGAGAGCUGAACGUGCUGAAAGAGAAAAAGUACAGCUUGGUGGAACUUGUUGAUCACUUCUUCAGUGAAACCAAAGAAGCAGGAAUCUGCAGGUUUGAAGAGUUCCAGGUUGUGUUCAUCUUUGACGGUCUGGAUGAGUGUCGACUUCCUCUGGACUUCCACAACACUGAGAUCCUGACUGAUGUUACAGAGUCCACCUCAGUGGGUGUGCUAUUGACAAACCUCAUCAGGGGGAAACUGCUUCCCUCUGCUCGCCUCUGGAUAACCACACGACCUGCAGCAGCCAAUCAGAUCCCUGUUGAGUGUGUUGACAUGGUGACAGAGGUCAGAGGGUUCACUGACCCACAGAAGGAGGAGUACUUCAGUAAGAGAUUCAGAGAUGAGGAGCAGGACAACAAAAUCUACUCCUACAUUAGGAAAUCACGAAGUCUUCACAUCAUGUGCCACAUCCCAGUCUUCUGCUGGAUCACUGCCACAGUUCUGGAUAAAGUGUUGAAGACCAUAGGUGGAGGAGAGCUGCCCAAGACACUAACUGAGAUGUACAUCCACUUCCUAUUGGUUCAGUCCAAACUGAAGAACAUCAAAUAUGAUGGAAAAUCUGAGCUAGAUCAACACUGGAGUCCAGAGACCAGGAAGAUGAUUGAGUCUCUGGGAAAACUGGCUUUUGAGCAGCUGCAGAAAGGCAACCUGAUCUUCUAUGAAUCAGACCUGACAGAGUGUGGCAUCAAUAUCAGAGAAGCCUCAGUGUACUCAGGAGUGUUCACACAGAUCUUUAAAGAAGAGAGAGGACUGUAUCAGGACAAGGUGUUCUGCUUCGUCCAUCUGAGUGUUCAGGAGUUCCUGGCUGCUCUUCAUGUCCAUCUGACAUUCAUCAACUCUGGAGUCAACCUGCUGGCAGAAGAAGAAUCAACAUCCCAGAAGACUGAAAGCAGAGAAGAUGGAUCUUCACAGUUCUACCAAAGAGCUGUGUACAAGGCCUUAAAGAGUCCAAAUGGACACCUGGACUUGUUCCUCCGCUUCCUCCUGGGUCUUUCACUAGAGACCAAUCAGACUCUUCUACGAGGUCUGAUGACACAGACAGUAAGUAGCUCACAGACCAAUCAGAAUACAGUUGAGUACAUCAAGACAAAGAUCAGUGAGGAUGUGUCUGCAGAGAGAAGCAUCAAUCUGUUCCACUGUCUGAAUGAACUGAAUGAUGGUUCUCUAGUGGAGGACAUUCAACGGUCCCUGAGUUCAGGAAGUCUCUCCACAGACAAACUGUCUCCUGCUCAGUGGUCAGCUCUGGUCUUCAUCUUACUGUCAUCAGAAAAAGAUCUGGACGUGUUUGACCUGAAGAAAUACUCUGCUUCAGAGGAUGCUCUUCUGAGGCUGCUGCCAGUGGUCAAAGCCUCCAACAAAGCUCUCUCCCAGUCCUCUAGUCUGAGGGAUCUCGACCUGAGUAACAACAACCUGCAGGAUUCAGGAGUGAAGCUGGUGUCUCCUGGACUGAAGAGUCCACACUGCAGACUGGAAACACUCAAGUUGGUGUUCAGUUAG